CCUCGCCCACCGGAGCGGGGGGACCGGGCUUAGCGGGGCGGAACCGCCGCGCGAAGAUGACACCAGUUACUCGACAAGAAGUUCUUGGCCUUUACCGCAAGAUAUUCCGAAUAGCCAAAAAAUGGCAAUCAGCAUCAGGACAGAUAGAAGAAACGAUUCAAGAGAAAGAGUACAUUAAAAAUGAAGCCAAAACAUUAUUCCGAAAAAACAAAAACGUAAUGGAUCCAAAGUUGAUUAAGCAGUGUAUAGAAGAAUGUGAGGCAAGAAUAGAAAUCGGACUUCACUAUAACAUCCCCUACCCAAGACCUAUCCAUCUGCCUCCUAUGGGUCUUGCCCACAAACAAGGCCGAACAUUGCGUCACCAGGAAAAGCUGAGGAAGAUUUCUAAGCCAAUAUACCUGAAAUCCCAUGAUGAAGUUUCAUAACCCAUCAUUUAAGAUGUGAUGUGUAAUCACAUCAUUUAAGAUGUGGACUGUAAUCCAUGUGAUUUGUGUGCACAACUGUGAAUGAAGCUCUUUUGGUCACUUGCUUACAAAUUUGCUGAGGCCAAAAAGCUAACAGAUACAUCGCACGUGAUGGAUAAGUUUUAUCCAGUAUUUAUUACAUUUCAACCACUGACUCAUCAAUAAAAGUAACACUUUUCAAGGA